CGCGUGGCGUGCGACUGGACCAUCGAGGGGUCGGCGCAGAUGGACCGCUGCGGCCUGUGUCACGGCGACGGAACGCAGUGCAUCACGUACCGGGGCCUCUUCAAUACAUCUCAGGGCGUUGGCUACGUGCACGCGGCCACGUUCCCCGAGCACGCCAGGAACGUGAAGAUAAGGGACGUGGACGAUGCGGCCAACUACCUCGCCCUCAGGAACAACCUCACGGGGGAAUACUUCCUCAACGGAAACUGGAUGAUUAAGUGGUCCGGAGAGUACUACUACGAAGGGACGAUGGUCUACUACAACAGGGAAGGAGAAACGGAAGAGCUUUUCCUGCCGGGACCUCUCAAGAUUCCCUUCACGCUCCUGCUGUUGUUCCAGACAGAGAACCCGGGCGUGGAGUGGGAAUACACGUUGCCGAGGGAAAACGCAACCUAUAUUCCAUCUUUCGCCUGGAAGCACUCUGACUGGUCCGUGUGUACAGUCACCUGCGGAGGCGGCAAACAGCUGUCGCGCGUGCAGUGCAUGGAGAAGGAGGCGGGCCUGGUGGAGGACCGCUACUGCCAGGACCAGCCGCGCCCCGACGACCGGUCCCGGAAGUGCAACAUCCACGCGUGCCCUGCCUGGUGGUGGUCGGGCCGCUGGCAGCCUUGUAGCAUCACCUGCGGCAGCGACCGAGGCACGCGCAGGAGGACCGUCAUCUGCGUCAGGUCCUUCGGUCCGACGGAGCAGAUGGCGCUGCUUGACUCUGACUGCGACUUAGGCGACAAGCCUCACGAGACUGAGGUUUGCCCUGAACUGCCGCCCUGCCCCAAGAUGGUGGACUGGAGCGUCGGCCCCUGGAGCCAGUCCUGCUCGCUCGACCCGUGCGAGUAUGAGCAGCGAGAGGUUGCGUGCGUGGCGCCGGAAGGAAAGUGCGAUCCCUUCACUCGACCAGCAGAACGCCGACAGUGCGGUAACAUCACCUGCGGCCACUGGGACGUCGGAGACUGGUCUAAGUGCUCGGCGGAGUGCGGCGAGGGCGUCCAGUUCCGGCGGGUGACCUGCGUGGGGGGGCUGGCGUGCCGCGAGAAGGACGAGCCAAAGAGCGUGAGGGAGUGCGAGGGCGACUGCCUUGAGCCGGAGGAGGAGACUCUGCCUGAGUACGAAUACGAAGGCACGAGGCUCGAGGACGACCUGAUCGGGGAGACGCUGCCGGAGUAUGAGACGGGCGACAGCUGGAAGGGGACGACGCUGCCAGAAUAUACUCUGCCCGAAUAUACUGAAGUAGAACCGGUAACUCUGCCAGAGUACGAGGAUAAAGAAAAUAAGGGAGAUGAAGGGAUGGAGAAAACAAAGGAGAAGGAGAUAAUUAAAGGAGAAAGGGAGGAAAGUGUGAAGGAAGAAAACGAGGCUAAGGAAAAAGAGGGUGUAGAAAGAGAGGCAAAUGAAGGAAAUCACGGUAAAGAAAAUAACGAGGAAAAGAGUAAGAACCAAGGGAAGGAGGAGGAAACUUUAAAGGCAAGUGAAGAUGAAGAGGGUAAAGAAGAACAAGAAAAGGAGACAACUCCAGUGUAUGAGGAGGAAGAGACAUUGCCGGAGUAUGAGGAUGAGAUGACCCUGAUGGAGUAUGAGGAGGAUUCGACUCCCGAGACCCUGCCUGAAUAUAGCCAGGACACAUCCACGGACGCCCCUGCCAUUGUUCCAUCUGCGUCGACCACCGCUGCCACAGUUCCCGCCGAAACGACAGCCACUGCCACGACUGUUGCUCUGUCCUCGACUUCCACCGCUUUACCGUCCACCGCCACCACUAGCCUCGAGACUACUGAAGCUCUUCCUGAUGAACCUACAGCUUCAGUCCAAACAACAGAGAGCACGAUGCCAACGACUUUGGCCUCCACGAGCGUUCCUGAAGCCGCUAUUGGCUCUACUUUGGUACCAUCCGUCCAUCCGGUAACGACGAUGGAAACUGCAACAACAACGACUGUGAAUGACCCAUCUACGUCUACUUUUGGCGAUGAAAUUAGUACACUAACUACACCUGAGUCCCAUCUAGCUACGAAUAACCCUGACUCAGAUGAAGAGAAACACACUGAAGACGAUGCAACCAACAAAGACGCCGAGGCGAGUUCCACGGACGGACCUACACUCUCUAAAGAUACAUUGACAACGCCAGAACCUAUAGAAAUCUUCGAAGAGAGUGUUAUGGAGGGACAUGCAUCACAAGAACCUUCUAUAAACGAAGUCGACACUGAAUCCAAACUGCCCUCGAGUGAGACUGAGGACGACUCGUUGAAAGCACAACAGAAACCGUCUUCUUUACCACCCAAAGAAGAACUAGACAUCGUAGUCGAGAGUCCGGAAAAGACAAUUUUGAAGAAGACCAAGAAGCUCGAUGGAGCCCCCGUCCCCUCAGGGGAAAAAGAAGACGCCGAGGCUGAAGCUACAGGACUAGAGGACACAACAGAUCUGGAAGCACCAACUGUGAAAGAAGAAGCAGUAGUAGCUGAGGAGCCAUCAUUGAUUGAAGAACCAACAGGUCUUGAAACGUCGACGUGGAUCGAGGAACCAACAUUGCUUGAGGUAGAAGAGGAGGAACAGGUAGAAGAGGAGGAAACUAUCGAAAACGAAAAAGACGACGAAGAGGAAGAGGCCGUAAAACACGCAUCAGAUGACGAAGAGGAAGACGAAAUGAUAUCGGAAACAGAAGACAGCGAUGUUGAAAACGGGGACGAAGAGAAAAGACCCGAAGGCAUUGCUGUGGACAAGAUCGAUCCCAGUGACUUCGAAGUGAUCGAAAUCGUCGAAGUGCCAACCAAAGGGAAGAAGAAGAAGGACAAGAAGAAAGUGCUCAUCCACACCGGCGAGGAAGCGGUGGACGUCCUCCACAAGCUGGCCGAGGAGCAGAUGUCCAAGCACGCAGCCGCAACCACGACGACCCCCAGACCCCCGUCCUACGAGUGGCGCGCUGGCAACUGGUCAGAGUGUAGCGUGGAGUGUGGAGGAGGCGUGAGUACCCGAACUGUGGAGUGCCGAGACCAGGUCACCGAAACUCUUGCGGAUCCACGUUUGUGUGACCUGUUUCCGCCCAUCGACUUGAAGUCCUGCAACAUCCUGGAGUGCGCGGACUGGGAGGUCGGGGCGUGGGGCGAGUGCGAGGGUGAGUGCGACCUCGGAGAGAGGCAGAGGGCCGUGUCGUGCCCUCCUGGACGUCGCUGCUCCCCCGACGCGCGGCCGCCCGAGGCCGAGCCCUGUGAGCUCCGCCCCUGCGUCGCGUGGGUGGAGGGGCCCUGGAGCCUGUGCACCAAGUCGUGUGGAGGAGGCUAUCAGAUCCGCCACGUGAAGUGCGUCGACGUGCGGACACAGGAAAAGAUGCGGACGUGCAAUCGUGACUCCAAACCGAAGCAUAAAUUGGCGUGCAACAAGCACCGGUGCCCGAAGAACAGACGAGGUCAGCAGAAAAGGUGUCGUGACCGCUUGGACACCAAACUCUGCAAGCGACUCAAGCGGAUGUGUACCACCAAGUUCUUUGCGAUCAAAUGUUGUAGGACUUGUUUGGGAAGCCACUGAUGACGUCACGCUAUUGGUGAUGACAUUGCGCGAACGGAUUGAUGGCGUUCGUAGAUUCACCGGAUGUAGUCAGAUUC